GGUAUUUUGUUUAAUUUAGAUAUUUCCGCGGUUCUCGAAGUAAACGUACUCGACAGUGAAGCAGACUCUAGGCCGGUUCAUUGUGUCAAGUAUCGCUUUAUCAGUUACCGGGUCCCUCGUUUGGAUUUGCUACAAGAUGUAGGCGGCCUCGUCGUUAUCGGCUGGCAAGGUUUAGCGAUGCUCAAGCUCAGAGGCUGAGGAGAAGGAGGAGGCUCACGUAGCGUGGCUGCAGGCAAGCCAUGCCUGGCAUUGUUGUAAAUUGCAACCCGCGCGCCACUCUUCACGAGUGAAGAAGAAGUCGCCGCGCUCGUGGAAGUGCCUGCAGAUCAUGUAGAACAGCAGGUACCUUCCUGUGCGCAAGUAGUAUUGAUAACUUGCUCAAGCGGGAACGUUUCGGCGCCAGCACCCGCAAAGUAAUCCUUUGAAACAACCGGGAUCUCCGUGGUCACCCUGUGUAUCAAACCGUUACGACACCAGAUCUUGGGCCGGUGGCUACGAGGAGCCGUUGUCAGCGGGGUCGUCAUCACUUGGCCUCCCGGAGACGUCAACGGUGCUUGCAGUGUUGCGGUAGUCCCCAAGGGAUCUACGCGUCGACCGUGUGGGUCUGUUGCCACUUGCACAAGUGUCGAUAACUAUCCGGACUUUCAACGUGUGUUUGCGCCGAUGCAACGGAAGACUUCGAAAAGCGGUUCUUCAAAAAGAUCUCUCUGUGCGGCAAGACUGGUUGAUACAGACGUGCAUCAGCCUGCAGCAUUGGCUGCUGCCAGCGUACGUACGGGGUGGUUAUCGAUACUGGAUUCGUUGCGUUUCGUUUGCUAACACCACCGAAGGCUUUGCCAGUGGUGUGGCGAAAGACUGAAAGACUGUGAACUGUUGGUCCCGUGUGUUAUGCUUCGCGCAAAUUAACGCACGGUAGCUGUGACGGAAAAUUUUGCAACUACACGGAGGAGAAAUUAGGCUAGCUGGCGAGUUUUUUUUUUUUUUUUACUUUCGAGUAAUCUGCGUCUGUGUAACCUCGCGUUUACCGGCAGUGAUUUCAACGUAUUCUGAAGGAGUUUGCUUCGCCAUUGGAGGUACAAAAGGUCACUGCAUUGCAGCCGAAAGGUCAUUCCCGUUAGUGUCUCCUUCACGAAGUCCCAAUUGUGUGUCAACUGUUGCCGCUGUCGAAACUUAAGGUGCUACCAAGGUCAAUCCCAGGGCAACGGGGGUCUGGAGGAACUAUUUGUCAUGGAAAACACAGGUGGAGCCCAGAGCAUGAAUUCGACUGUGUCCUGGACCGCUUCAGCUAGUGCAGCCAGACCCGUGCCUCAGACAACUCCUUCGGGCAAGAACGAGCCGAAUUUCGGCUCGCAUCUUCCUGCUUCGUUGAGAACAUGGAGUAGGCCCCCUUCUGUUGCAUAUGGCAGCAGCCACGUGAUGCCAAGAAACAUGACAAACAGCAGCAACGUUGUGAUAAGGGACAGAACUGUGGCGCCGCACGUACCAAACAGAAGCAGUGCUUUGCCGAGUAGUACCACAACAGUGCUUGGCGAGUCGGAGGCUGCACGCAGGGACAGGCAGAUGGCGUUACUGCAUUCAAACCUCAAAGACGGCGUUCUCAAGUCUGGGUCAGUGCCCUCUUCUAUGGGCGGACAUUCUGUUUCUGCAAAGCCACAGCCAGCCUCAUCGAGCCCCGACACUACCGCUAGCAGUGAGACUCAACUUUUGAUGUGCGAGUGCAAUUUUGGACCAGUCGACCAAGCGACCUUGGAAAGGCACAUCAUGGCUGCCCACGUCAAGCCGUUUAGCCAUAGCUGCGAACUCUGUGACAGAAAAUUUCCUACGCGAAAAGAACUUAGAGAUCAUGUUACUUGCCAUUCACGCGUGUAUGGUGCUGCAAAACCGAAUGGUUCAUGUGGCUUACAGCAGGGCGACGAGAGAACAAGCGUCGUGCAGGAAUGCGAUUCGCUAAGUGGAGUUACUGAAGACAUAUUCCCUAGGAGUACUGCUGGUGGCGAAACACGUGUAAAUGACAGUGUAACUGAAAAAGGGUACCACUGGCGAUUAAGGCCCGAUCUGGUAGGCUCAGAUGGCUUGCUCGCUUUCUAUAAGUGCACAGUCGGACAGUGUCGCUUCACGGCCAAUCGUGCGAGUGAUUUCUCUAACCAUCUAGCGUCUCACCGGGUGGGAGAACUGGGAGAGCUCAUUUGCAUUUAUUGUGGCGAAAAGUUUGACGUCAUCGCCAUUCUUGUGCAACACAUGGAAGGUGCUCACAGGCAUAUGGUUUUCCAGUGUGGGCAUUGUCUCUACCGGGCCGUACUGCCCAUUCACGUUCAGUUGCACCACCAGUGGGCACACGCGGGGCUGGAGCUGCUGAUUCUCGUGUGCACUAAUCCCGCAAGGCAUACUACAUAUGCAGCCAUUCCUCCGCAGCGUGUCAGCCUGACUCAUUACUGGUGUAGUGUUCCUAACUGCGGCUUUAAGAGUUUCAACCCUGAUGUGUUUGAGUGGCACCUUAGUUCUAUCCAUCCGAAGGCUAAGGAGUACUUCUGUUCUCUCUGUUCUACUUCUACGCCUGUAGGUAGCCCGCGAGAACUGAUUGAGCACUACUGUGUUAAACACGGCAUGGACGUGGUGCAGUGCGGCAUGUGUCACCAUUCUGAGCCCACGUGCCACACAAUGCUGAAGCACCUUUGCUACCACCACCCGGACAGUCCCCUGGGACUAAUUUGUCGCACUAACGAGCAAGUUGAAGAGUUCGAAAAGUGCGUGCAGUCGUUCCAGGGAUCGGAUGAACCGCCGGUGGGUAGGUCAGGCCCGUCACCGGAGCCAGACACGUCACCGACACGCCAAUCGUUGCCCAUAGUCCCUGCCGUGAAAACCUGCCCCUUCUGCACAAACCACGUUGUGACCUUGGCCGAACUCGCCAACCAUUGUGUAGCAGCUCACCAGAUUAAGUGCCCAAUUUCCGAUAUCUUGCAGCUAAUGUUAAAAAAUCGCUGUGCGUCCACUGCGAAAGAUAGCAGCCUCUCCUGUCCUUUUUGCAGUGCGACGUUCCCGACCAAGGAUGCACUUCAGGAACACAUCUACCACGAGUUCCACUACAUGCCUAUCCAAUGUGAAGCAUGCAGUUAUUCCACCACCAACAAAGUUCACUUGAAGGAGCACUUUUCGUCCAGCCAUGCUGGAGAGUUUCCCACAUUCAAAACUUGUGAAAACGACGAUUUUGAGUCUUGGGUAACAAAAUUAGUCUCCCAGCAAGAAAAUCACUGCGUUGUAAUCGAAAAGCCCUACCAGUGCGUCCAAUGUACAGAACGAUUCCAAAGCAUUGGCGGACUGAGAGUUCAUUUGUAUACACACUUAAAAUACUACCCCUAUCAUUGUUCAAUAUGUGACGAGUGCUUUGUAAGCCAAGAAGAAGUUGAAGAGCACCAGCGCAAAAAGUACAAUGCGGCGGGGCAGUACUCGACUAAACAGGUCAGGUUUGAAACAAAAGAGACGAAGGUCGACAGUUUUAUUGACACAGCUAUAACGAUGCUGCAGCAACUUUUACACAAUUCGCCUUCGCAGCAGUGUCCGUGGAAGGGGUGCACGUAUGAAUCUUCGGUGAAAAGUGAACGCGAUGCUCAUGCGAAUGUGCAUGUGGCAAAGCGCAACACGUGCACCAGGUGCCAAUUCAGCUCGCACAGCGCUGAUGUCAUUGCGUGGCACGGCAAGGAGCAGCACAGUCCAGUCUCCAGCAGCACUGAGGCUCCUUCGUGCAGUGAUGUACAACCAGUGCCAAAGAACAACUCACGCUUGUUUGCCUGCGGUUUGUGUAAUUAUAGGGGACCCAACACCAUGAGCGUUCGCGAGCAUUCCAAGAUUGUGCAUCCCGGCAAGGCGGUCAAGCUGGUCGUUCCUAAAAGGAAAGAUCUGUACAGCCCUGCCGUCAAAAGCAUGGAACAGCCUGCGAGAUCGAAAGAAGAGGAUGGGGAAGAGCGACUAUCCGUCUCACUGGUGCCUCCCCAAAGGAGCACCACGCGUCCCAGUCGGUGGUCAUCCAACAAACAGAGGUGCCCGUGCAACGAGUGCAAGUUCGUGGCAUCAUCCGAACGACUCCUGCACAUUCACAAGACCGAAUUACAUGAAGAUAGCCAGAGCCUCAAUGCAGACUCAGAUGUUGUUGCCAAUGCCAUGUCCAAUGCCUUGAUCCUGGCCACUCACCAUUACUCCACGCUGGCUUCCGGCAUUUCCCAAAGGCAUCUCAGUCAGCAUGCCAGCUUGACACUUCGGCGCCCGGUUCACCACAGCCGGACCAUGUCUACACGUGCCGCAAGUGCGCCGAGCAGUUCCGGUUGAAGACGAGCUUAUACAACCACCUGCUAGUGAAGCAUCACGCAUAUGCCGCCUGCGAUACCUGUGGUAGUGCACUGAUGAACAAUGCUCAAGCUAUUAAUCAUGCUAAGAAGCACCCAACUGUGCGAAGCACUUUCACGGUACUCAAAAGGAAACAGCUUACCAACCCUGCAGCGAGGAAUUUAAAUAGGAACAUUCCUACCAAUAAACAGUUAGUACAAGAAGCCAGUGAUCUCUAUGUGGUGUCACCCUGGGCUCCCGAUGCACGAGUUCCUCUGCAAGAAUUUUCUCUUCAGUACAACCUUAACGCACGUGUGCGCGUAAAGGACUUUGAGAGGUCUCUCAGUAAGAACCUUUCAUAAGAACCUUUAUUAUGUUUCUUACUCGUGUCACUGUUUUAUGUUUGUUGAGGUCCGCCAGUUUGAGGCGUAACAAUUAAUCCCUGUAUAUUUGUUUAUAGUUAUUGGCUUAUGUAUUUUGUUGCACAUGUAUGCCAUCAUCAAGCUGAAGUGACGCCAAUUUUUGUUACGUGUACAUUUCUGUGUAAUAUUGAAUCUCAUGCAAAGCGUUAUUAAACAGCUGCAUGUGUUAGCAGCAUUACUGUA